AUGACCGACCAGCCCCUACGGCAGAUACUCACCAAGCCCGAAGUCUCGGGCAGGAUGACCAAAUGGGCCGUCGAGCUGGCCGAGCAUGACAUCGGCUAUCAGUCUCGCACAGCCAUCAAGGCCCAGGCCUUGGCAGACUUCCUUGCUGAGGGGGCCAGCUUGACCCUAACCGAGCUAAGCCCUUUGCGAGAGGAUGUACGGACGAAGGAGCCAUGGGUGCUAUUCGUAGACGGGGCUUCCAGCAAGGAAGGAAGCGGGGCAGGUCUGCUGCUCAUCUCGCCAACAGGGGAAGAGCUGACCUAUGCUCUCCGGUUUGACUUCCUCGCGUCCAACAAUGAGACUGAGUAUGAGGCCCUAUUGACGGGGUUGCGGAUAGCCCACCAGAUGGGUAUAACCGCGAUCAAAGUCAGGAGCGACUCUCAGCUCGUCGUCCUCCAAGUUCGUGGGGAAUACGAGGCCAAGGAGGAGGUCAUGAAGAAAUAUCUAGCCAAGGUGCAGGAGGCGAUAGCCCUAUUUGAUACAUUUGAAAUCGAGCAGGUGCCUAGAUCUCAAAACAAGCGUGCAGACGCCCUGUCAAAGCUGGCAUCCUCCUCGUUUGCGCACCUAAACAAGGGAGUUUUGGUAGAGGUGGUAAGGCAGAAAAGUAUCGACCAGGUCCAGGUCCUGGCUAUAGAUAGCUCGGCCACCUGGAUGACCCCCCUCGUAGACUUCCUCGACUCGAGUGUCCUCCCUGAGAACAAAACCGAGGCUCGCCGGAUCCAGCUCAGAGUUGCCAAGUACGCCUACGCUGGGGGAACCCUCUACAGGAGGUCAUACUUAUCCCCCUGGCUAAAGUGCGUGACUCCCGAGGAGGGCGAUUACGUCCUCUGUGAAGUCCACGAAGGAUUAUGCGCGGCGCAUGUGGGGUCCCGGGUACUGGCCAAAAAAUGCCUUCUCCUGAGCUACUAUUGGCCUUUGAUUUUCCAAGAUGCGGUUGCUCUGGUUCAGAAAUGCCGAGCAUGCCAGUCUGCCGCUUUGGAAUCCCACACGUCCUCAUAUCCGACAAACGGGCGACAGUUUGCUGAAAAUCCCUUCAAAAGCUGGUGCGCCGAGCUCGGAAUUAACCAGCACUUCACCUCGGUUGGACACCCCCAGGCCAACGGUCAGGUGGAAAAUGUCAACCGAACCAUUCUGCAGGGGCUAAAGAUUAGACUGGAGUUAGCCCAGUCUAACUGGCUAGACGAACUACCUAGCGUCCUCUGGGCUUACCGUACUACGCCCAGGACGGCCACCCACGAGACCCCGUUCUCUCUGACUUACGGAGUAGAGGCGGUAGUACCCGCGGAGAUUGGUCUCCCCUCACCCCGGACACAGAACUUCGUUGCGUCAACCAACGAGGAAGAGCUGAGGUACAACUUGGACAUGCUGGAGGCUAAGCGUGAGGAAGCGGCGGUACGGAUGUGA